AUCAAUUACAUUUCAGGUCAGCAAUAUUUAAUCGAUUGAAGCCGUCCUCAAAUCAGCUAAGUUUAUCAGCCUGGUAGUAAUUCGUCAUCGUCGUGCUAUCUUGACACUCGCUAAUACAAAUUUGUUCAGACAUGCAUCGAGCAUCGGUUAGGUUUCACUCAACCUAACCUAUUAAAAAUGUAACAGAAUGGACAGUGAGGUCUAAGGUUUAAAUAUUCAAAACGGCUAUUCGAUUAUAUAUUGUUGACCAGUGCUUUUUAUCAUUUCAGUAUUGACUCAUAUCUCAUUCACCAAAUGUAUAAACAAAAAGAAUGGAAAACCUGGUCUAACUACUUUCAUUUUUUACACCUCAUUAUAACAGUUUUCAAUCUUAUUUCCGUGAAAUAUGCUUACAGCCAUGGGUAGUCCAUACUACAGAGAUAUGGAUGAGCCGAUAAGCCCAGCAGGGGGCGGCCAUCAUCGUAGCAGAAGUGCCACACGAGCACCGACUCACACAAUGGAGUAUCCUCGAGAACAACUCAGAACACGAUAUCAAUCGUUGGAUAGGGGACUGGUUGAUCCUCAUGACCGGGAAUUCAUUCCGAUCCGGGAGCCCCGGGAUCGAUCGCGAGAUCGCUCACUCGAACGGGGACUCUACCUCGAGGAGGAAUUGUACGGCCGUCCUGCAAGACAGAGCAUGCCAGAUCGGGGAUAUCUCGGAGAUUUGCAAGUUCAAAACAAUGAUUUGCAACGCGAACUUGGCAAUCUCAAAAAGGAACUCGAACUGACUAAUCAAAAACUAGGUAGCUCUAUGCAUAGUAUCAAAACCUUUUGGUCUCCGGAGUUGAAAAAAGAGCGAGCUCUUCGAAAAGAGGAAAGCGCCAAAUACAGCCUCAUCAAUGAUCAACUUAAGCUGCUAAAUAGUGAAAAUCAGAAACAAGCAAUGUUGGUUCGACAGCUCGAAGAGGAACUGCGUCUGAGAAUGCGAGCUCCAAACAUUGAGAUGCAGCAGCAGAUGGAAGCUUUGUAUGCAGAAAAUGAACAUCUCCAGCGAGAGAUUUCAAUUUUGCGAGAUACAAUCAAGGAACUCGAAUUGCGGAUAGAAACGCAGAAACAAACUCUGCAAGCCCGAGAUGAGAGCAUCAAAAAACUGCUGGAGAUGUUGCAGAGUAAAGGAAUGGGCAAAGAGGAGGAACGCCAAAUGUUUCAGCAAAUGCAGGCUCUGGCGCAAAAGCAGCUGGACGAGUUUAGACUUGAAAUUCAGCGUCGCGAUCAAGAGAUAAUGGCAAUGGCGGCUAAAAUGAAAACACUGGAGGAACAACACCAGGACUAUCAACGCCAUAUUUCUGUGCUGAAAGAAUCAUUAUGCGCUAAGGAGGAGCACUACAAUAUGCUUCAAGCUGAUUUACUGGAACGUAAAAUGGUGGAAGAAUUACGAAAUCGAUUGGAGGAGAAAAAUCGCAUGAUUGAAAAAAAGACGCAGAGUGCGAUGCAGUCGGUGCAGGACAAAAAUCGUGUUCAAACGGAGUUAACUGAACUGAAAGAGCACAUGGAUAUUAAGGAUAGAAAAAUUAAUGUUCUUCAAAGAAAGAUUGAAAAUUUGGAAGAUCUACUCAAAGAAAAAGAUAAUCAAGUGGAUAUGGCCAGGGCUCGCCUGAGUGCGAUGCAGGCUCAUCACUGCAGUUCGGAAGGAGCCCUUUCUAGCUUGGAGGAAGCCAUUGGAGACAAAGAAAAACAAAUGCAGCAACUUCGUGACCAACGAGACAGAGCUGAGGGCGAGAAAAAAGAAGAAAGGGAACUUCAUGAACGUGAACUGGCUGAAUAUAAGAUGAAACUGCACACUUUGGACAGCGAAGUCGAAAAGCUAACCUCUCGUCUUCAUCGUGCAUUGAACGAAAAAGAUCGCCUUGAAUCAAAACUCGAGUGUUCACAAAGCGAACUUGGAAAGUCCAAAGCUGAGCUGGAUAAAGCCGCUACUGAUGUUGGCCGUAGUGGCAGUGACUGGGAAAAUGCCAAGCAAAGAAUUUCUCGUCUUGAACUUGAAAAUGAAAGACUUCGAGCAGAUCUGGAACGAUCUCAGGUACAUGUACCAAAUACUACUUUCGGACGAUCAACGCUGAGUACUUCACAAGAACUGGAUCGAGCACAGGAACGAGCGGACAAAACAUCAGCUGAACUGCGUCGAACUCAGGCUGAGUUAAGAGUCACACAAUCUGAUGCCGAACGAGCAAGAGGCGAAGCCGCAGCCUUGCAAGAGAAGUUAGAAAAGAGUCAAGGCGAAGUUUAUAGACUCAAAGCUAAACUUGAGAACGCACAAGGUGAACAGGAAAGCAUAAAGCAAGAAAUGGAAAGAAGUCAAACUGGAAUACAACGAAUUGUUAGUGAAAGGGAUAAGGCGUAUGCAGAGCUGGACAAGAUACGUGAGGAAUUAGAAAGAUCUCAAGCGACAUUGGGCAAAUCACAGCUCCAGCAAGAGAAAAUUCAAAAUGCUCUGGACAAAGCUCAAAACGAAGUUGAUCAUUUGCAAGAAAAACUCGACAAAAGUGUGGGUGAAGUCAGAAGGCUUCAACUUGAGAAAGAGAAGAUCAACUAUGAGUUUGAAAAUAUUCAAUCACAGCUCGAUAAGCAGCUUGGCCAGUCCUCCCGAGUACAGAAAGAGAGGGAAGCUGUGCAAAUGGAUCUGGAGCGUUAUCGCGAUAAGGCAGAUAAACUACAAACUGCGUUGAGUCGUCUGCAGAAGGAGAGAGAUAUUUUGGGAGAUGAAUUAGAAAAGUUAAAAGAGAAAGCAGAGGGAACCCAAAGUAGUGCACUCAAAUAUCAACGUGAACGUGAUGCUAUUCAAACAGAGCUGGAGGUUGUCAAAGAACGUUGGGAAAAAGCACAUCAAAUACACCAAAAGCUACAAAUGGAACGAGAUGACGCAGUCACAGAGAUUGAUAUACUGAAGGAAAAACUAGACAAGGCACUGUAUGCAAGUCAAAAACUUAUUGAUGAGAAAGACAAUUCAAACAAAGAAUUUGAAAAGAUGUUGGAAAAGUAUGACCGAUCACAGAAUGAAAUUUACCGGCUGCAGUCCAGAUGCGAUACAGCGGAAGCUGACCGUAAUCGAUUGGAGGUUGAAGCAGAACGUUCAGCACUUGCCGCCGCAAAAGCCAAAGAGGAUCUGCGGAAACUGCAAGAAGAAACCACUCGCUUGCAGGAAGCAUGCGACCGAGCAGCAAUGCAGCUUGGACGCUCCAAGGAACUGGAAGAUAAGGCAAAAGAAGAUGUUGAUCUUAUCCGUGAAAGACUUGAUAAAACGCAAGCCGACUUACGGAGAGCUCAAGCAGAGAAAGAAAACAUCCAAGCAGAAGUCGAGAGACUUACAUACGAGUUGGAUCGGGCCCACAACAGCUAUACUAAGCAGACCGCUUCGCUGGACGCAGCUCAAGAAGAGGCAGCACGGUAUAGUUUAGAGAUUGAAAAAAUGCGUGAACGUUAUGAGAAAACAGCUGCGGAAAUGCGACGCUUGCAAGAGAAUGAAUCAUUUUCCAGAGAAUCGCGUCGUUUGAAAGAGGAAAACGACCGACUUCGAGAAAAGUAUGACAAAAUGAUGAUGGAAUUGGAAAAUUUCCGCAGCAAGUCACAGUACGAAGAGGAAACUCUAGAGAAGUUUAAACAAAAAUUCGAAUUACGCGAAAACGAAUGUCAAACUAUGGAGCUUAAGCUGCAUGAAGCAACACUACAGCUAGAUUUAGCACGGCAAGAAGUACAAAAGCUUAUUGCCAGCCAAGACAAACAACGCACCGACGCGGAACGUGCACAUAUCGAGUACGAGAAAAUUCGUGAUAAGCAUGAGAAGCUUUUGAAGGAGAUGGAACGACUCCGGCAGAACCCAGGCUCUGCAGUCAGCCCUGGAGCACUCGCCGCGGCUUCAGUUGGCAUGGGCGACAAAAACGAAAUAGAUAGACUACGGGAUCGACUAGAGAAGGCUCUUCAAAGCCGAGAUGCUACCGAAAUGGAGGCCGGUAGACUUGCCAAAGAACUUGAGAAAGCGCAACUACAUUUGGCUAAACAACAAGAAGCUUACGAAGCUACUAGAAUCGAAUUUGAACGCAUGUCUGCGGAGCUCACUCGAGUGCUUGAGAGACUGGAAAAAUCCGAAGCUGAAAAAGAAACUCUUCGACAAUCAACCAAGAUUUACGAAAAACAUCAUCAGCAGCAUGCAGCUUGUAAUAAUAUUGAUCAAAACGUUCUGAAGAUAGAAGCGGACAACAAGCAACUGAUGGCCGAGCGAGACCAACUAGUAAUGCAACUAGAAAAGAGUCAAGAUAUGCUGAUGAGUUUCCAGCAAGAACUGAACGCCGCUGAACUUGAACUUCAACGACAAUGCGAGGAAAACAGACGGCUGAAGAAUUCUCCACAAGGCGCUCACGGUCAACCUCAAAACAAUUCCCAAGAAAUACAAAACUACAAAAAAGAGAUCACACGGUUGAAGCAAAUGCUACAAGAAACUGGAGCUCGAGGAGACAGUGAACUUGAGCAGUGGCGUAAGGUCGUUGAGCAAGAAAAGAACCGUGCCGAUCAAGCCGAGAAGGCAGCAAUUGAACUGCAAAAGCGAAUGCAGGUAAUGGAGCAGCAGCUAAAACAACAAUUACUGCAAAUGACUAAUAUGCAGAAGCAAAUGACACAACAGCAGCCACCACAACAACCACCCCAACCACAACAGCCGCAAAUUAAUCCCAAAGAAAUGGACAAAAUACAAGAAGAGCUCAAAAAUGCCGUCACGCAGCGGGAUCAGUUCCAAAACCAGCUCGAGUUGCUGGUUCAGGAGCUUGAGAAGAGUCAGUUGGAAGCCCAGGAUGCGGCAAAGAAAGCACAACAACAACACCAAAAACUGCAGCAAAUGGAACAACAAAUUCAAGUGUUGCAACAGGAACUUCAGCAUGCAACUCAAGCAGCAAACCAGAAAGCAGCCCAGCAAGCAGGUAUUUCCGAACAUGAUCGAAAGCAACUCGAAGCACAAAUGAAACAAAUCGAGGACGCCACUCGACUGCUUGAAAGUGAACGUAAGACAUUCGAGGACCAACGAAAGGUUAUCGAAAACAAGCGGAAAGAGCUGGAGGAGAAAGAAAAAAAUCUAGUCGAGUUUGACAAGCAGCUUAAAAAACGAAAAGAACAAAUGGACCAGCUGGAAAAGUCACUUCAAAAGGCUGGUGGCACUGCAGCAGCAGCAGGCGAAUUGAACAAACAGUUAACAGAAACGCAGCAACAGCUAGAUAAGAUUACAAAAGACUUCAAUGAAGCUAAAGAGGACGCUCAACGAUCGGCUGCCGAAACAGAACGAUUGCUGCAACUUGUACAAAUGACCCAAGAGGAACAAAAUCAGAAGGAAAAGACUAUUAUGGACCUUCAACAAGCUUUAAAAAAUGCUCAAGCAAAACUCAAAACAGCACAGGCACAACCCCAAGAUGCUGGACCAGCCGGUUUCCUGAAAAGUUUCUUCUAAGCAUCGUGUUAUUAAAAAUCCACUGGUUUGUUAUUCUUUUGGAAUGGAGCUGUUGGAAACAGGAAGGUCAUUUUCGAAUACAGUUCUUCAGAAGCGUAUGAUGAUGGCUUGAGCAUCUGGCACAUUCGCAUUGCAACAGUAUGGUUUUUCAAGGAAAACAAAUCAAAUAUUUUUCCUAACAACAUUGAUUGGAUAAUGCGAAGGUUUGCAAAUCGUUCACAAGCAAUAGAACAUCUGACAAAAUAAAUUGACAAAGUGCGCCAUGUUUGCGAGUAAACUGUUACAGAGACAAACUAAUACAAACAAUGCUGCCAUAUUGAAUAAAUUAAGUUAAAUAUUAGAUAAUGUACUUUAAAGGUGAUAUAUAUCUAAGGAUAUCGCUGAGCUCGAACAUAUGAGGAAACAAGUCGCACGGAAAAAAAUCAAUUCUCGAAAUCGUGAAUUAAAUUCACGAAUGCGAGAACCACGAAGAAAUAUAUUCACGUUUAUAGUGCAAAUGCACCAUACUUAUGAAUAAAUUCCUUCGUGGUUCUCACAUUCGUGAACUUUAUUCACGAUUACGAGAAUUGUUUUUUUUUUCUGUGCGAGAAAACCAUUCAUUGCUGUUGAAAGAAUCUUAUUAAUAUAUCAUGUUCACAAGCUAUUAGUUAGUUGAAUAUGUAUUUUUCUUUUCAAACUAAUAAUCUUUUCGAUUUUUGAAGAACUUCACUGUUUUGAGCAAAACAACAUUAUUUUGGAAAAAUAAAGUAUUUUUGUUGGGUAUUUUGAAUAAAAAUGACAUAUUUGGUUUUAUCAAUAUCCAGCAAAUGGAACGCAAGAAAUAAGUUGGUGUAGCCAGCAUUCCACAUUUUCAUCUUAUACGGUAUUAUAUUUUCUUAAUUUUGACAAUAAAAAAUACUUUAACUAUGUAAAAAUCAACUUGUCAGCUAGAAUUCAUGCUGAUGCAGGCUUAAUUUGCAGUUAGUAGAAAUAGCACAAAUUUAUUUUCACUUUUCAUCACUAUAAAUAAUCGCAAAUGUUGCCUGCAAUGGCGUCAAUGCAAACUUCGUUCGAAAAUGAUUCAAAAUAAUAUAGACAAUAAUUUAGCAGCACACUGUAAAAUAAGAUACACGAUCCUUAAAUCGAGACUUCUUAUUACUAUGAACCUUAAGGCAGAACAUUAUUUUUAGGAACCAUUUAAACAUAACUCAACUAAAAAGAAAACAAACAGUAUUGCAAAAAAAUAAAACUUCAUAAAAAGCUGCAUUUUAAUUUUCACCUUCGCAUUUCUCCACGUUAUCUGUUUUGAAAUGUCGUCAGAAAACCAAACAAAAUAUUCGUCGAUUUUGCACCUUAAUCUAUCGCUACAAAAUGCACCCCUACGCCAAAUUUGAAAUGAUUAAACGAAUAAAUUUCAACUACAAAACAUUAAUCUCUUUCCUUAAAACUCUUUGUGAGCAAAACUUAUCAAAUAAAUUUCUCCAACUUGAACACACUUGUAUCAUUUUUUUCAAUUCUAUCAAUCAAGAAAAAGAAAAGGAGACAAAAAAUCAAUAUGUAUGUACGUGAAUUGUUCAUGUCUAUCGAGAAAAUAGGUUUAGAAAUCAUUAUUAUUAUUAUAAAAAGUGGAAUGAAAAUACGAAAAAUGGAAUACUGAAAACGCAAUAUUUUCUAUGCGUAACAUACUCAACAAAGUAAAUGCAUACUUACACACAUCAACACAAAAUAUAGAGAACUUAUCAAAAAGACGAGAAACCACUUAGUUAAUGUGGCAAAUCAUGAGUCUUGUUGUUACUACACUAUUUUGAUUACAUUUUUGUUGAGAAAUAGCAGUUCUACGCAAUAUGAAUUGCAUUGAGUUGACGUUCAUUACAAAAAUCAAGAAAAAACACAACUUGUUAUACCUAGUACGAUUAAUUCAAUGAAGCACAAAUAAAAAGAUUUAAAGGGAAUUUCCAUGUAUCCAACUCUGACACAAUUUUGAAUGAAUGAUCACUAUUUUCGGUACCUUGCUGUAACAUACAUUAUUAAUACAAUUUCAGUUCAAUAAUCUUAUGACCUGAGUCUAGCUUUUAACAAUCGGUGUUGCGUCUGGCGAUACGGAAAAAUAGAAAAAUAUAUUAUAGAACGACCAAAACCACAUGUUAUGCUAAUAAAUUACGUAAGUGAAUAUGCUGAAUUUAACUAAGUGAAUGAUAAUGCACUCGAUGAAAAUAAAGGAAAAAAAUAUUUAUCGAAACGUACAGUUGCUGUUUUUCUGUAAAUAACUAUUUACCAGUGAACGUAAGAAGAAGAACAAAUACAUUUUACCACAAUCAACAUCUUUUGUUGGAUUUGUACAAUACAUGUUAUUGGUCACGUUUCCAACUUACUGAGUGUACAAGCUAUUCGGAAAAAUGAAUUUAAGUUCGACAGAUGUAAAUAGUAGUUUACAAAUCUGUGCGCAGAAGGUUGGAAAUAUGAGCAAUUUCCACCAAAAGUCGUGACUGACAUGCAUUCCUUUUUUCAUCCCCAGAUUCCGUAUUGAACACCUUUGUCAUACUUUCUUUGCAUUGCACUUAUGGUCAUCAUCACCAAUGAUGAUUUGAUCAGCAUCGAUGCUGUUUACUUAUGGUAAUCAAUCAUGUUUUGAAAUUAAUAUCAGUUUUGCAUAGCAUUUCAUUCAAUGAUUAUUGUUAAUAUGUUAAAUAUAGUAAUUAUUUGUUUUUUUUUUCUUGUACCAAAUAAGCCCUUGCAUUAUCUUAAAACACAUGCUAACUUUUUUGUUUUUUUUUUUAGUUUUCGAUCAAAUUGAAUUUGAAAAGUGCCUUAAAAACAUCACUGGAGCACAAAAGAUACAGAUACGUUUUUUUGCCAACAAAAACAAUAAUUAACUUUCCAGCUUGAAGAUAAAUAUUGUGCAGUUUAUUUAGUAACAAGAUUAUUAUUUCAUUCUAGCUGUAGAACUAUCUGAAUGUGUGUACUCUAUUCUAUUAUGACUGCUUAAAAGGAAUAUUUUUGAGUUUUUUAUAUUUAGUUCAAGUACAAUGAUCUUAUCGGAUUUUUUUUUAAUUUAGCAACUGUACAAUGUCUACAAAAACAUGUGUUCUGAUUUUGUAUGGCAAACAAAACUGAGAUAUCUUUUGCAAAAAUAUAAAUAAAAUUCAGAGAAAUCAAAAACAAAAUUAAAUAUUAAAAUGAAACUUGAAAAAUCGAUCAGAUUAUGUUAACAUUAGCCCUGAAAGCAUAAUUACUGGAGUUUUUUUUUAAAGGUCAAAUGAACAAAAUUUUCAGUUUUUGCUUUUUGGGUGGUUUUUAAUACCCCUGACUCAAGGCGGUUUCAAAAACACCCAAAAAGCACAAAUUAGAAAUUUGGUUUAUUUAACCUUUAAAAAAACUCCAGAUUUAAAUUUCAAAAUGAAAACUAUUUUAUGAAGAUGAGACAGUAAGGAAGAAACAACUCAUAACUGAAUCUUGUUUCUAAUUUUCUUUAAAAAUUGAGUCUUUAUGGCUCGUUUUGUUCCUAUUGUAAACGAGUCUCAACCUUACCUAAUCAUUCAUUAGAUCUUUUUAUAUUGGAGAGUAUGCGAUAGGCCUAUUCACAAAUCACUUGGACAGAUUAAGAAGGUGAUGGGAUUUAUCUCCCAAAAAAGUGGCCGCGUGAUUUGUAAAUAGUCUUUACAAACAAAUAAAGCAUGAACACUUAAAUAACAACAUUAAAAUUGUUCAACAAUCCAUUUGUUAAUAUUCGAAUUCAUUCCUUAAAAGUAAUAAUUUGCCUUAAUCUGGUGAUUCGUUUUGUUUCAUUUCACAAUUGUGGUUAUCUGAAUAAAAAAAGACAUCUAACUUUUCCUGUAUCUUAUUAUAAAAUCACAUAGAAAUUGUACUAGAAAACGUAAAAAAAACUUUCUUCUAGUCACUGGUAUUUACAUUUUGCUCAAUAAAGAAACGAAACAAAUCACAUACAGAACUAUCCACAUGAAUUUAUGAAAGCACAGAUACAGAUACAGAUAGAAAACCAAUCAACUUGUAAUCUCUAUAACUUUUUAAUACGGCGUAUCCUUGCGCAAAAACAAGCAACGUCCUGUUGAAAAGUGAUUGUAGAUCUAAUGAUACGAUUGCUCCAAUUUUUUACUGAUGAUUUUGUUCAAAAUCAAUGUAAUUUUUUUGGUUUGGAUUGGUUUUUAUCAUUUAAUAUGUACUGAAAAAUAAUCCUGAAAUAAAACCCAUUGAAAAGAAGAUGAAACGACCUUUACAACUAAUUGAGAGCAUCAAGCAAGUGGACAGAGGAC